UACUUAUUAUAAAUAAUGAGGAGUCAUUUGGGACACUUUGCAAAUAACUUCGACUUAAAAUUGUCGUCAGAUUUCCUCUUACUCGCGAUAAUCAUUUUCUUUCAGCCAUACGGCCAUAAUCAUUUGACAGUAGUGUAGCAAGAGGAAGUGCUCGUCACCUACAGUACAUCAUAAGAACUGAAGCAGGUUAUCAGAAUUCCGAUACCUGUCAAACCAAAACAAUUAAAAGCACACCUUUUAUCUCCACAUUCACUGUGCAUUGCAAGCAUAUCCUUUAACAUAGCUUUCAAAAAUGUUCUCAUUACAAUUUCAUAGGCAAAUAAAAUGUCAUAUAAUAUGCAUCACUGAUGGUAGGCCCGAAAGUAGUUUACUUACCUGAUUUCCGUGCAGAGGUAUGGGUUCAAUUCAAGUCUGCCUUUCGAAUGAAGACCGAUGGGAUAGCUCCCCACAUACCUUGAACAAGCGGUAUAGAAAUAUAUACUGUCGAUUGAUGGAUCAUAAAAAGCGUUUUAUAGUGUUCAUAAUGGGACAGAACCAUGAGCGGCAAUGGGCCAAAGCAACAGCCCACUGCCCCAAAAAUGUUAUACUCAUGCAAAACACUGCACAAUGUUGGAUAUGCCUAAAACGUUAUGCAAAUAGAAUAAGUUGCCGCCCUUCCAGAGCGGUUCAUAGCUUAAGGUGAGGCAUAGAAAAUAAGCUUUAAAGUAACCCAAAUGCUUAGUUAUGCAAAGUGCAGUUCGUUACUUUUUAUACAAACAGGUUGAAUUUGACGUUGUUUACGUUACGUACAUGUUUAUAAACAGUGAGCAACUACUUGAAACAAAUCUGAUUCACACAAUAAACAGGGGGAAGUCUGAGAUUUGGUAAGUAGUUGUGUGUAAUCAGCCACGAUAAGAACUUUAUUUUUGUAACAUAUCCCUGUAUUCCUUUCAUUAAUCAGGUCCGCACUCAGGCCCUGACCAUAAACACCAUGUUUUUUUGUUGUUGUUUAAAACCAUACCCUCUGGUUACUGUGUCGCUCAGUUUACCAUAUGUUUGCUACAGAGGAAACCUGAAACCAAUUGUUACAGGGCCUUCAGACCAUUCAUUGACGUUUUUUGUGACGGCUUCAUGGGCUAAAGAGGGACACGAACACUGAAGGACCCUCACAACGCAGAAAGCUGCACCCUGGACUGAAAGCGCUGCACAAUUUUGUAAGAUCUAGAGGGAGCGCUUCAUCGGGAAAAUGCAGUUCCAGUAAUAUCCAUUCGAGGCGUCACUGAUGAUGUCAGCCAGCAGCAUAAUCAGUUCAGGGAAAGGAAGCCGUGCCUCCAAAGUGACAAAAGGUCACAAAAAGCCCACACCAGCUGCCCUAAAAGGAGCCAUCCAGCUGGCUAUAGGUUACGCUGUGGGAAACCUGAGCUCCAAACCUGACAGAGAUGUUCUCAUGCAGGAUUUCUCUGUGGUAGAGAGUGUCUUCUUGCCGAGUGAGGGCAGCAACAUGACUCCAGCACAUCACUACCCGGACUUCCGCCUCAAAACAUAUGCACCGCUGGCAUUCCGCUACUUUCGUGAACUCUUUGGCAUCAAACCAGACGAUUAUCUGUAUUCCAUCUGUAAUGAGCCUCUGAUUGAGCUGUCCAACCCUGGUGCCAGCAGUUCCUGGUUUUACCUUACCAGUGACGAUGAGUUCAUUAUCAAGACUGUGCAACAUAAAGAGGCAGAGUUUCUGCAGAAGCUGCUUCCUGGCUACUACAUGAACUUGAAUCAGAACCCGAGGACUUUGCUACCGAAGUUCUAUGGCCUUUACUGCAUUCGGUGUGGUGCCGUCACUAUCCGUGUGGUGGUGAUGAACAAUGUGCUGCCACGUGCCAUGAGGAUGCACUACAAGUACGACCUGAAAGGCUCCUCGUACAAACGGCGUGCUUCACGCAAAGAGCACACAAAGUCUUCACCUACGUUCAAAGACUUGGAUUUCCAAGAGAUGCAUGAAGGCUUGUGCUUUGAUGCAGAGACCCACAGCGCCUUGAUGAAGACUCUGCAGAGAGACUGCCGGGUUCUAGAGAGCUUCAAGAUCAUGGACUACAGCCUUCUUCUGGGUAUCCAUGUUUUAGACCACAAGGUGACGAGCAGAGAGAGCAGACGUGACAGCAGGAAAGGACAGAAGGUUCUCUACUCCACUGCCCUCGAAUCUAUCCAGGGGACUGUGAAGGACCCAGAACCAGUGGCAGAUGAUGACACAUUUGGUGGAAUUCCGGCCAAGCAUAAAGAUGAAAACCUCCUCAUCUUUUUAGGAAUCAUCGACAUCCUUCAGUCCUACAGGUUCAUUAAGAAGAUGGAACAUUCCUGGAAAUCUCUUGUACAUGAUGGGGACACGGUGUCAGUUCACAGGCCCAAUUUCUAUGCAGACAGAUUUCUGAAAUUCAUGGGCUCAGUUGUAUUCAAACGCAUCCUCUCUUUGAGAGGAACAUCUUCUAAGAGGAAGAAGAACUCUUUCUGUGCAGUUAAGUCAGCCUCUCAGGAAAUACUUUCUCCUCAUAAGGAUGAGUGGGAGAAGAAGAAAGCACAAAGCAUGGACAACCUAGAAGUUUACAGUUCCCCCACACAACCAGAUGUUCGACCUAAAUCUGCUGUUACGUUCAAGUCUACUGAUGAAGAGAACCUUGAUAGCAGUGAGCACAGACGAUUCUCCAGUUCAACAAUUGCACUGGAAGAUCCUCUGCCAGCUCUCAUCAGAAGCCACUCAGACUCUGAACUGGAUGUCUACUUGGUAUGA